UCAUAACAGUCGUAGUUUCCUUCACCUUCUUGGCUUCUUCUCUUCUGCUUUUAAACUUCAAAUGCCUUGUUCAACCUCCACAGAUUCCGAUUCUGGCAACAGCUUGUAAGAUCCUCUAUACUCAGAUCCAACCAAUCCAACAACAACUUCAAUUGAAUCCAAAAGGAUGGAGGGGACUGUGUUCGCUCCGGCUCUGGAAGGAAUGAAGAGUGUGAAAUCAGCCGACGGCGAAAUGCUCACCAAGCCCUUCUUGGAUGUCUGCAAGCACAUUUUGCCUGUUAUAGAGAAGUUUGGAGCUGCUAUGACUCUUGUUAAAUCGGAUGUCGGUGGUAAUAUAACGAGGUUGGAAAACAAAUAUCUCACCAAUCCUGCCGAGUUCAACCUCUUGUACAGUUUGGUACGGGUUGAGGUUGAAGCCAAGACGGCAAAAGCGUCGUCCAGCUGCACCAAUGGUCUGUUGUGGUUGACGAGAGCAAUGGACUUCUUGUUAGAGUUGUUCCGGAACUUACUGGAGCAUCAAGAUUGGACAAUGUCACAGGCUUGUUCAGAUUCCUAUGCCAAGACCUUGAAACAAUGGCAUGGAUGGCUUGCUAGUUCAAGUUUCAGUGUUGCCAUGAAGCUUGCUCCUGACAGGAAGAAGUUCAUGGAUGUGAUCGGAGGCAAUGGUGAUAUCAUGGCUGAUAUAGAAAAAUUUUGCACCAACUUCUCUCCCCUGCUUCAAGAGAAUCACAAGAUUUUGGCUAGUGUUGGCCUGGAUGAUAUGAAGGCUUCAUAAUCACAAAGGUAAACUGAUGAGUAGAGGCUUAUCCAUUCAUACCCCAUGCCUCCAGUUCAGCUUAAAAUCAUGACCUUGUGACCUAGCCAAAACCGUCUCAACUUAAAGCAUGGAAAAUAAUGUGCGAGUUUUUCCUACACUUCAUAUAUUUAUGUGCUUAGUUCAAUGUCAAAUGUCCAAUUAUCCCUUACUUAUAAUUGGUUAAGUUUCCUUUUUCAAACAUUUUAUACUUGGUAAUCACAGAGCCUUCAAUCAUUUGGUUUUGUAUGCUAAAUUGUGUGUCCCUUGUGCGAUGACGAUUGGUUUUUGAGUGCUCAUUUUAAAUU